AUGAUUUGAGAGAUUUCAAGAUUCAAAUAUAAUUUUUGUACUUACUGUAUUUUUGUACUUUUUGUACUUAAUGUAAUGGAAGUGUAUAUGCAGUUCACUAACUCCAUGUAUAUUAUGUGACUUGAUAACGGGAUGUAAGGCGAAAUGUAAGUUUUCCUCUUGGAUGACAAAACUAAAAUCGUACGAGUAAAGAUGAGGAAAUCGAUAGAAUGCAGAGGGUGUUAAGGACAUAUGGUGCGAACACAUCAAUAUAAAAAAUGCACGACACAUUACGAAAAUGUUAUGCAUUUCCGUUAUCGCAUUUACACACUUGUCAUUGUAAACGUCUUAAGCUGCAAUAGUACAUUGUAUAUGCAUAAGUCUAUAGAUCGGUAAAGCAAUAGAUACGGAUGCAUUUCUCGAUGUCACCCUAAUGGCACACACAGUCUGUAGUCAAUUAUGGACGAAGAUACGUUCGAGAGACGAUACCUACGGAUUACGAAGUGGUUUCUUAAAUUAGCCGGAAUAUGGCCCGAUCAAAGCAUGUGCAUCAAGUGCAUUGUGUGGGUCAUCACGGCUGUUGAAAUGCUGACAAGUGUGUUCGUUCAAAUAACAAGAAUUAUGCAUAUCAGAAGUGUAUAUGUUUUCAUAGACCAUUUACCUCUAAUAGGAGCUUGCAUAAUUUUAGUAUUAAAACAGGGAAAUUAUAUUCUCAACGCGACUAAAUACAAGUCACUUUUGAAGGGUAUGUACCGAGACUGGGCCAUGGAUCGAUCAGAUGACGAGAUCGCUAUUAUGACAAAAUAUGCGAAAAGGGGUUACCAACUUGCAAUGUUCUACAUAGUGAACGUACUCAUCUGCUCUAUCCUAUUCUUGCAACUUCCAUGGACAACGCGCCUGUUGGCUCGGUUACAGCAUUUUAACACAACGCCGAUGAUAUUCGUCAUACCGGGCUACUAUUUCGUUGACGAGCACGAAAUUUAUUACUUCAUCCAACUGCACGGCAGCUUGGGGAUAAUAUUUGUCACUAUCGUCUACCUGGGGUGCGAUUCGAGUUUUACGAUCGUAGUACAACACGCGUGCGGUUUACUGGCUGUAACUGGAUACAGAUUCAAACACGCGAUCGAACCCUAUUCGUACGCUAAAAACUCCGAACAACGAACGAAACAGAAUGAAAGAAUACGCUUUUCCAUUCUAGCUCACCAGCGAGCUAUAGAAUACGUUCAGGAAAUAGAAGCUACACAUGCUACAUAUCUCUUCUUAUGCAUCGGCAUGGUGGUUUGCUGCUUUAGUAUUACAUUGGUGAAAGUGGCCACUAUGGACGUUUGCAUGGAUUUUUACAAAUACGUAAGUUUUUUGUUGGCGCAGUUAAUGCACCUAUUCUAUCUGACGAUUCAGGGACAGUUCGUGGAAAAUGUUUGUGACAAUCUUUACAAUAAGAUAUACGAAGCAUUAUGGUACGAUACCAACGUCAAAACACAAUUGCUGCACGUAUUAGCGUUACAGAGAAUGAUGAAACCUCCUCGUUUGACUGCUGGUGGUUUAAUGAACAUGAAUAUGGCCAGUUUCUCGGAGGUGAUAAAGACGUCAGUCUCGUAUUAUACAGUUAUAAGAUAAAUAUAUAGAGAUCAUCAACAUCUUUUUGAUGCCGUAAAUAUACGGUGUGUUAGUAAAAAUAGUCACUUAUUAAUGUAAGCUGAAGAAGAGCCGAAUAAAAUGUUUUUGAUGGCGCUUA